CUACAAUUUAUUUAAAAGGAACGUUUGUUAAACUUUUGCAUUGGAGAACACAAUAGUGUCAUCUAUAGUGACAUCUAUAGUUUUGAUUGGAAUAGAUACGUAAAAAAAAAAUGGUUUUUUCACGUUUCUUUAAAAGUCUUAAUCCAGUACAGAGAGAAAAAAUACAUUUUAGAAUAGCACUCCUUUAUGCAGCAUUAGCUUGGAAUGGAUUUGCAAUAGGUAUAUAUUUGUUUACAAGGGAUAAGAAGGAAAUUUCUGGCAUAUCAAGAGGUUUAAAAACACUAUCAACUUCAGAUACUAAUACAGCUCAACUUAUUCGCUUUAAAGGAUUCAAUAUUGUAGAAAAUACUAUAUAUGAUAAAAAGCAAAUAGAUGAAAUACGUCAAAAUAUUUUAAAUCCUCCUGUUGAAGAAGAAUCUCAUGAUUUUGAUUGAUUAAUAGUUCAAAAUACUAAUCUUAUUACAAGUGUGAUAAUAAGAAUAUAUAUAUAUUAUGUAUAAGAUGUAUAAUACUAUAGUAUUUGUAUAAGAUGUAUAUAAUAUUAAAAUAUCAUUAAAACCGUAAAUAUAUUGCUGUUAUUUACAAAUUCAAAGAAUAUCAAGGUAUUCGUUGUUAUUAAUUUAAUAAAGGAACCAAUAAGUCAGUCAAUAAGAUGUCUGCAAUCGUAUCAUGUAAAAAAAAAAAAA